UUGGUGCACGGAUCCACGUCUGCGGAGAUGUGUCGGAUCUAACCUCCAUCCUCCUCUCCAUCCUCCUCCUCCUCCUCCUGGAGGAAUAUUUGGACCAUCCACCAUGCAGAAGAUGGUCAAUCUGUCCGUGUCGUUUCUCAUCGUCCUGUGGGGGUGCGCGCACGGAGGCUCGCCCAGCGUGCAAAUCGGGGGGCUCUUCCCCAGGGGCGCGGACCAGGAGUACAGCGCCUUCAGGAUAGGCAUGGUCCAGUUCGGCACGGCCGAGUUCCGCCUGACGCCGCACAUCGACAACCUGGAGGUGGCCAACAGCUUCGCCGUCACCAAUUGCUUCUGCUCGCAGUUCUCCAGGGGAGUGUACGCCAUCUUCGGGUUCUACGACAAGAAGUCGGUCAACACCAUCACGUCGUUCUGCGGGACGCUGCACGUCUCCUUCAUAACGCCCAGCUUCCCUCUGGAUGGCAACCAGCAGUUCAUCAUCCAAAUGAGGCCUGACAUUAAGGGCCCGCUGCUCAGCCUCAUCGAGUACUACAAGUGGGACAAGUUUGCGUACCUGUACGACAGCGAUCGAGGUCUGACCACGCUGCAGGUGGUCCUGGACACGGCGGCGGAGAGGAAGUGGCAAGUGACGGCCAUCAACGUGGGCAACCUGAAGGACGAGCGCAAGGACGAGGCGUACCGCUCGCUCUUCCAGGACCUGGAGAACAAGAAGGAGCGCAGGGUGAUCCUGGACUGUGAGCAGGACAAGGUCAAAGACAUCAUGGACCAGGUCAUCACCAUUGGCAGACAUGUUAAGGGCUAUCAUUACAUCAUAGCCAAUCUGGGUUUUGUUGAUGGUGACCUCUCCAAAAUCCAAUACGGAGGCGCCAACGUGUCGGGCUUCCAGAUUGUCGAUUUCGACGACCCUCUGGUUUCCAAGUUCGACCAGAGGUGGGAGGCUCUCGAGGAGAAGGAGUAUCCAGGAGCAGACAGUAAAAUAAGGUACACGUCGGCGCUGACCUACGACGCGGUGCAGGUGAUGACGGAGGCCUUCCGCUACCUGCACAAGCAGCGCAUCGACUUCACCCGCAGAGCCAACAAUGGCGACUGCCUGGCCAACCCCGCCGUUCCUUGGGCUCAGGGCGUGGAGAUCGAGCGAGCGCUGAAGCAGGUGCGUGUGGAGGGCCUGACAGGCAACAUCCAGUUCGACCAACACGGCAAGAGGGUCAACUACUCCGUCAACAUAAUGGAGCUGAAGAACAACGGCCCCGUUAAGAUUGGCUACUGGAACGAAGUUGACAAAAUGGCUGUCACCAAGUCCGACGUCUUAGGCAACGACUCGUCGGUGAUGGAAAACAAAACCGUUAUUGUGACAACCAUCUUGGAAGCGCCUUAUGUCAUGCUGAAAAAGAACUCUGACCUUCUUGUGGACAAUGACCGCUACGAGGGCUACUGCGUCGACCUGGCCGCCGAGAUCGCCAAACACUGCGGCUUCAAAUAUCAGCUGAAAAUUGUCAGCGACGGAAAGUACGGAGCCAGAGAUGCUGAGACCAAAAUCUGGAACGGGAUGGUUGGCGAGUUAGUGUAUGGGAAAGCAGACAUUGCAGUGGCUCCUCUGACCAUCACUCUUGUACGAGAGGAAGUGAUCGACUUCUCCAAGCCCUUCAUGUCUCUGGGAAUCUCCAUCAUGAUCAAAAAGCCCCAGAAGUCCAAACCCGGCGUCUUCUCCUUCCUGGACCCGCUGGCCUACGAGAUCUGGAUGUGUAUUGUGUUCGCCUACAUCGGCGUCAGCGUGGUGCUCUUCCUGGUCAGCCGCUUCAGCCCGUACGAGUGGCACACCGAGGAGUACGAGGACGGGCAGAUCCAGACCAACGAGUCGACCAACGAGUUCGGAAUAUUCAACAGCCUGUGGUUCUCCUUGGGGGCCUUCAUGAGACAAGGCUGCGACAUCUCACCAAGGUCUUUGUCUGGUCGAAUUGUUGGCGGCGUGUGGUGGUUCUUCACGCUCAUCAUCAUCUCCUCCUACACGGCCAACCUGGCUGCGUUCCUCACUGUGGAGAGGAUGGUUUCUCCCAUUGAGAGCGCCGAGGACCUGGCCAAACAGACCGAGAUUGCCUACGGCACUCUAGACUCAGGCUCCACCAAAGAGUUCUUUAGGCGUUCUAAAAUUGCCCUGUUUGACAAAAUGUGGACGUACAUGCGGAGUGCAGAGCCCUCUGUGUUUGUGAAAACCACAGCCGAGGGGGUUCUGAGGGUCCGCAAGUCCAAGGGGAAGUACGCCUACCUGUUGGAGUCCACCAUGAACGAGUACAUUGAGCAGCGGAAGCCUUGCGACACCAUGAAGGUGGGAGGCAACCUGGACUCCAAAGGCUACGGGAUCGCCACGCCGAAAGGAUCCUCAUUAAGAAAUGCGGUUAACCUCGCAGUACUAAAACUGAAUGAGCAAGGCCUGUUGGACAAAUUGAAAAACAAAUGGUGGUACGACAAAGGAGAGUGCGGCAGCGGGGGAGGUGAUUCCAAGGAGAAGACGAGCGCCCUCAGCCUGAGCAACGUGGCUGGGGUCUUCUACAUUCUGGUCGGAGGACUCGGCUUGGCCAUGCUGGUGGCCUUGAUCGAGUUCUGUUACAAGUCCCGAGCCGAGGCCAAACGAAUGAAGAUGACCUUCGGGGACGCCAUGAGGAACAAAGCGAGACUUUCCGUCACCGGGAGCACCGGGGAGAACGGUCGGGUGAUGACUCCGGAGUUUCCUAAAGCUGUCCACGCCGUCCCAUACGUGAGACCCGACAUGGGACUCAACGUCAGCCUGACAGAUCUGUCCUGAUCCCUGACAGACUUCUGAGUGCCUUACCAUGGUUUCAAAAAGAGCGCUUUUGGUCUCCUCUUUUUCCGCUUUCUGGCUCGCUGGUUCCUUCCUCCGUCGCUCGCUUCUGUCACGGAACCAUUUUUUUUUGUUAACCCAGAGGGACACAGGAGUGUUGUCCAUCACAAAGUUCUAGCCUCCAUGCGUCAUUCUUCAUAUUUUUACACCACCAAGAAGAAAAUGGCUCCCUCGGUGAUCCUGGGAUAUCACUUAUUGUGUGUGUGUGAGUCUGUUUUUCCGUCUGUGUGGGGACUUGACUGACAAGUCAGAACUCAUUCCAACCGUGUGUGUGACUCUGUUUUCCUGUCUGAUUGAUUGAUUGAUUGAAACUUUUAUUAGUAGAUUGCACAGUUCAGUACAUAUUCCGUACAAUUGACUAAAUGGUAACACCCGAAUAAGUUUUUCAACUUGUUUAAGUCGGGGUCCACGUAAAUCAAUUUGUGGUAAGUCUGAGUCUGUGUGGGGACUUGACUGACAAGUCAGAACUCAUUCGAACCGUGUGUGUGUGAGUCUGUUUUUCUGGCUGUGUGGGGACUUGACCGACAAGUCAGAACUCAUUUCAACCGUGUGUGUGAGUCUGUUUUUCUGUCUUUUUGGGGACUUGACUGACAAGUCAGAACUCAUUCGAACCGUGUGUGAGUCUGUUUUCCUGUCUGAUUGAUUGAUUGAUUGAAACUUUUAUUAGUAGAUUGCACAGUUCAGUACAUAUUCCGUACAAUUGACUAAAUGGUAACACCCGAAUACGUUUUUCAACUUGUUUAAGUCGGGGUCCACGUAAAUCAAUUCGUGGUAAGUCUGAGUCUGUGUGGGGACUUGACUGACAAGUCAGAACUCAUUCCAACCGUGUGUGCGAGUCUGUUUUUCUGUCUUUGUGGGGACUUGACAGACAAGUCAGAACUCAUUCGAACCGUGUGUGUGUGAGUCUCUUUUUCUGUCUGAGUGGGGACUUGACCGACAAGUCAGAACUCAUUCGAACCGUGUGUGUGUGACUCUGUAUUCCUGUCUGACUGAUUGAUUGAUUGAAACUUUUAUUAGUAGAUUGCACAGUUCAGUACAUAUUCCGUACAAUUGACUAAAUGGUAACACCCGAAUAAGUUUUUCAACUUGUUUAAGUCGGGGUCCACGUAAAUCAAUUCGUGGUAAGUCUGAGUCUGUGUGGGGACUUGACUGACAAGUCAGAACUCAUUCGAACCGUGUGUGCGAGUCUGUUUUUCUGUCUUUUUGGGGACUUGACUGACAAGUCAGAACUCAUUCGAACCGUGUGUGAGUCUGUUUUCCUGUCUGAUUGAUUGAUUGAUUGAAACUUUUAUUAGUAGAUUGCACAGUUCAGUACAUAUUCCGUACAAUUGACCACUAAAUGGUGACACCCGAAUAAGUUUUUCAACUUGUUUAAGUCGGGGUCCACGUAAAUCAAUUCGUGGUAAGUCUGAGUCUGUGUGGGGACUUGACUGACAAGUCAGAACUCAUUCGAACCGUGUGUGAGUCUGUUUUCCUGUCUGAUUGAUUGAUUGAUUGAAACUUUUAUUAGUAGAUUGCACAGUUCAGUACAUAUUCCGUACAAUUGACUAAAUGGUAACACCCGAAUAAGUUUUUCAACUUGUUUGAGUCGGGGUCCACGUAAAUCAAUUCGUGGUAAGUCUGAGUCUGUGUGGGGACUUGACUGACAAGUCAGAACUCAUUCCAACCGUGUGUGAGUCUGUUUUUCUGUCUGAUUGAUUGAUUGAUUGAAACUUGUAUUAGUAGAUUGCACAGUUCAGUACAUAUUCCGUACAAUUGACCACUAAAUGGUAAAACCCGAAUAAGUUUUUCAACUUGUUUAAGUCGGGGUCCACGUAAAUCAAUUCAUGGUAAGUCUGAGUCUGUGUGAGGACUUGACUGACAAGUCAGAACUCAUUCCAACCGUGUGUGUGUGAGUCUGUUUUUUAUGUCUUUGUGGGGACUUGACUGACAAGUCAGAACUCAUUCGAACCGUGUGUGUGUGAGUCUGUUUUUCUGUCUGUGUGGGGACUUGACUGACAAUUGUGUGUGUGUGUGUGUGUGUGUGUGUGUGUGUGUGUGUGUGUGUGUGGUGGUGUGGGUGUGUGUGUGUGUGUUCCGCCACCUCCCAAACAGGAAGCACAUCCGCAUUAAAAUGUGAAAUAGUCCCGUUUUUUUCUUUUUUUUUUUCUUUUUAAAGAAAAUCAAAGAAAAUGCUUAUUUAAAAAAAAAUAUUUUUAUGUAUUUUCACAAAAGAGCUUUUAAAAAGGAACUUCCAUGGCGGUUGCUGGAAAGAAGAGCUUUUACGGUGUCAUGUUUCCCCACCGAUUUUUUUUUUUCCUGUAUAUUUUGUUCCUGUGUUGAUCUUUGCUGGACAUUCGGAUUCGGCCCCAUUCGUCGCGGUUUACCUGGCACGUGAAACGUGACAAAUCAAGGGGGGGGGGGGGGGGGUGCACUAUCCACUUUAGCCGCCAGAUGGCAGUAGAGUGUUGAAUAUCUCAAAAAUGUGCUUUGUGGCAGUUCCAACUUUGACCAGAGUGGCGCUUUCCAUCAUUUUCAGUGGACCGCAUCGCAAAAUCACACAAGACCCACCCAGGAACGGAGCCAUAUGAAUCCCUUCCUUACUGUUGGUUUUCUGGAGUUGGCGAUUUGUUUCUCCCUGUUGAAAAAUCUCCUUUUUGCUGUUUGUGUUGUUUUUUCUGCAGAAGACCAGGGGGUCGUUUGUUGUGCUUUCGAUGAAGUGAACCUGUUUACACACCAUGAAUGCAAAACAACGUAACAAGAAAAAAAAAAACAAGGAAAGGUCGCCGUGGUAACCAAAGGCCAAAUAAGUGAAGGGUGCCAAACAAGUUCUCGUGCCAGUCGGAGUCUUAAAAGUCAAUCACUGUCCUUUCAGUGAAUGUAAAUCACUUUUUGUAAGCUAAUGUACAGUCGGUGGCUAUGACACUCGCUCACGUUAUCAUUUUUGGCUUGGAUUGUGUUCCGUUUUUGUUUUUUUUUUCUUAUUGCAUCCACCUGACAAAAUGACGCGGCGCCAGUUUGCAUGUGGCGCCGCCGAUACGACGUUUCUCUCCAUUACUGCCGAAAAACAUCGCGUUUACAUUUUAAUGUAGAAGUCGUGCGGUGUUUUUGAAUUUGGGAAAAAAAGAACUACAAAAAAUAAUGUUAGACAUCUAUAUAAAUAAAUAUAUAUAUACAGGAUAUAUACAUAUAUUUUCUAUAAAAAGGUGAAGUAAAAAUGGAAAAAAAAAAAAAAUGUAUAGCCCCCUUCCAUGAUGGUGUCAAAGCUACUUUCAUGAAUUGAAAUGUUAGUUUUCCUUUCUUUUGGAUGACGCGACGACAGACAAGCACUUCUAGUCCUCUUUUAUGACCUGUAAAGAGCGCCCCCUGUAUGUCGGGACCGGGGGGGUAAGAAUCUGUAUUAUUACUAUGGCUGUUGUUCUUUUGUAUUCCGACUAUAGAUACAUAUACUGUAGUUGCUUCUAAGUUUCAUGGCGUACUUCAGGCUAUUCUCACUGACAUUUUGUAUAUGGAAUGUGUGCUAACUUGUUUAUUUUUGGGACUCUUUCUAAAUAAAAAAUGGCUGAUCUCUUGUUAGCGCUCA